AUGUUAAGCAGCAGAGCACACGAGAGCGAUGAAGAGACAAUGACGACCACAAUCGAGCAGAAGGAACAGGAGGCUCAAAAGAAUGAAUUGAGAUGGCUCUUGGAGGAAAUCCACUUGGAUGUAAAGUCGUCUGUGAUAGUAGGGAUAGAAGAGUGCUUGUCACGACUGUGCGACCGAGAAAAUGCGGUGAAGCUGGUCAUGUCAUCAAGCAGGCGAGAAACUGUGAAGGGUACUGUCGAUAGAGUAGGAACCUAUAUUAGUGAGUGCGAUAUGUUAAUCAAGCUACCGAGUGCCAAUAAAGGGCAUCCGUUUCCAAUUCGACUCGGCAAAGACCCCAUAGCAACUAAAUCGGGGACCAGUAGUCCAACUGUCCAUCCAACUGGUCAGGUAACGGAGUCAAAAGCUAACACAUCAUAUCCUCUUAUUCAACUGGUCGAUACAGUUAAUUUUCUAGAUGAAGCACUUAGUUUAUCACAGCAAUUGACAAUUGAUUGUCAGGCAUUAAGCAAGGAGGGUCAUUCACACAGUCAUAUUAACACACAGAUGGGGCUUGGACAAUUACUUGGUCUCGUCAAAAAUGCAUUAUCAACUCUACACGAGCCUAAACCUAGUUCUAUAUAUCCUCAAAGGCGAACAGAUCGUACGAAAUUCUCGGGUUUACCAGCAGGCGUAGCAGUUGACUUUUAUUUGAUCGAUUCCAAUGUAAUUACCGAUAUUCGAGCAUAUGAAGAUAUCGACGACCCAUCUACUAGUCCAGUUGAUGCGUUUGGAGCUAUUACCAGCAUGCUUUCAAUUGGUAAGAAAAAGCAUCCCCCUCAGAUUAUAAAGCACGGCGAUCUGUCUAUAAUUGAGCAUGAGCGAGUGCGUAUAGAGUCGCAAGAUCCGAACCUCAUUUCUGUGACUACAAAGUUGACUGCUCUGGAAGCUCUUCUUGAAUCCAUUGUGCGGAAGCUACAGCUCUGUACCUGA